ACAGAGGCAGGCGGAUGGGGGAGGGGCCUGCCCCAUGGUUCCCAGCUCUCUCCUAGUCGGAGCACCACUAAGCUGGCUAGGCAAACAGGGCUAACAGCCGAGCUGGGAGAGAAGGAAAACCCUCCUGGAACACCUUCAGCUACAGGGAUCCACAGAAAGAAACAACUGAGGGAAUUCUGGGAUUUCUCUGCUGGCUAGAACACUCAGACUAGGGGAAAAGGAAGAAAAGUCAGGCAGUAACGGAAGGUACCUCUUUCAGGACUCCAGAUAGAGAGGCUACCUCGGGACAGUUUUAAAAUAAGAUAGGAGAACUCUACGCCAGCCACGGAGAACUGUCUGUCAAUGCUUCGUCAGGAGGACUUCAGGAAAGGAGUGGGAGACUGCACCCGGCAGAGCCAGGGACUUGGUGACAAGGAGUAAAGAGGUAUACUACAGCUCCUAGACCCGGACCAGACCCAUUCUCUCCCAACCCCAGACCAAAUAUAGCAGAGCACACUCAGCACAGUCUGGAGAAGAAGAGAGGAGAGGGGGAGAGAGAAGUAGGAGAACCGCCGGAGCCAAAUUUAACUGGACUUCACGCUGGAAUAGGUGUCUCCAACCCUGUACUAGAUUAGGGUUGGAGUGAAAACCUACAGGACAGUAGCUCUCCAGGAACAAGAUCAUCACUCCGUGUCGCCGGCUAAUUCUGUGUGCGGAGAACAGGAAAGAGAUGGAGGACUGGAUGGCAGCCCUGAAGAGCGUUCAGAACAGAGAACACUUUGAGUCCACCCAGUAUAGCAUGGACCACUUCUCUGGGAUGCAUAACUGGUACGCCUGCUCCCACGCCCGCCCCACCUACUGCAAUGUGUGCCGUGAGGCCCUCUCCGGAGUCACUUCGCACGGACUGUCCUGUGAAGUGUGUAAGUUCAAGGCCCACAAACGUUGUGCUGUCCGAGCCACUAACAACUGCAAGUGGACUACUCUGGCAUCCAUUGGGAAGGACAUCAUCGAAGAUGAGGAUGGGAUCUCUAUGCCUCACCAGUGGCUGGAGGGCAACCUGCCGGUCAGUGCUAAGUGUACAGUGUGUGACAAGACGUGUGGCAGUGUGCUCCGACUGCAGGAUUGGCGCUGCCUCUGGUGCAAGGCCAUGGUGCACACGGUGUGUAAGGAGCAGCUGUCCAGUAAGUGUCCCUUGGGGCAGUGUAAGGUGUCGGUCAUCCCCCCCACAGCCCUCAACAGCAUCGACUCCGACGGAUUCUGGAAGGCCACCUGCCCUCCCUCCUGCACCAGCCCUCUCCUGGUGUUCGUCAACAGUAAGAGCGGAGACAACCAGGGCAUCAAGUUCCUGCGCCGCUUUAAACAGCUGCUCAACCCCGCCCAAGUCUUUGACCUCAUGAACGGGGGGCCGCACCUCGGUUUGCGGCUCUUCCAGAAGUUCGACACGUUCCGGAUCCUGGUGUGUGGGGGCGACGGCAGCGUGGGCUGGGUCCUCUCUGAGAUCGACACUCUGACGCUCCACAAACAGUGCCAGCUGGGUGUUCUGCCCCUGGGGACAGGAAAUGACCUCGCCCGCGUCCUGGGCUGGGGCUCGGCCUGCGACGAUGACGCACAGCUGCCUCAAAUACUGGAGAAGCUUGAGAGGGCCAGCACCAAGAUGCUUGACAGGUGGAGUAUUAUGGUGUACGAGACCAAGUUCCCGCGGCAACAUUCCAGCUCCAUGGUGACGGAGGAUUGCAGCGAUGACUCUGAGGUGCAACAGAUUCUGACCUACGAGGACUCUGUGGCAGCCCACUUGACCAAGAUCCUGACUUCAGAUCAGCACUCAGUGGUCAUCUCCUCAGCUAAGGUACUGUGUGAGACAGUGAAGGACUUUGUGGCUCGGGUGGGGAAGGCCUACGAGAAGAACAAGGAGAGCUCCGAGGAGUCAGAGGCUAUGGCCAAGAAGUGUGGGGUUCUCAAGGAGAAGCUGGACUCGCUGCUGAAGACGCUCAACGAGGAGGCGCAGGCAUCUACUAUGAUGCCUGCCCCCCCCCCCACCAUCGCUGAGGAGCAGGAGGAGGGCGAGGGGGUUCUGGUGCCUUCGUCGCCCGCACCCGCUGCCCUCCCGUGCUCCCCCAGGCCCCUGACGGGUAUCUUUAAACCCAGGGAACAGCUGAUGCUGAGAGCCAACAGCCUGAAGAAAGCCAUCAGGCAGAUCAUUGAGCACACUGAGAAAGCGGUGGACGAGCAGAAUGCCCAGACUCAGGAGGUGUUUGCUCUGGGGGUGGAGGAGGAGGGGGAGGAGGAGGAGGAGGAGGAGGAGGAAGAGCAGGACAAGCUGUCUCUGCAGUCGUCCUACAGCGGGAACGCCUGUAAAAGCACCAGGAGUCAUCCAAUCCGCAGAGUGUCCAAGACUCCUUGUGAGAAGCUCAUCAGCAAAGGAAGCCUGUCACUGGGCAGCUCAGCGUCACUUCCUGCCCAGACAGGAAGUCGCGAGAACAUGCCGAUGCUCAACACCAAGAUCCUCUACCCAAGUCUCAGGGCUGGUAUCUCUGGCUCCCUCUCCAGCAGUUCGGUCAUCAGCAGACUGCUGGUCAACGCUGACUCCUUCAGCUUCGACCCAGAGACCUUUGACUGCUACACUGAGAAAUGUGUGAUGAACAACUACUUUGGGAUCGGCCUGGAUGCUAAGAUCUCACUGGACUUCAACAAUAAGCGGGACGAGCAUCCAGAGAAGUGCAGGAGUCGCACCAAGAACAUGAUGUGGUACGGGGUUCUGGGCACCAAGGAGCUGCUGCAUCGCACCUACAAGAACCUAGAGCAGAAGGUACUGCUGGAGUGCGACGGGAGGUCUAUCCCCCUACCCAGUCUGCAGGGCAUAGCUGUCCUGAACAUCCCCAGCUACGCAGGCGGCACCAACUUCUGGGGCGGGACCAAAGAGGAUGAUACGUUCACGGCACCGUCCUUUGACGAUAAGAUCCUGGAGGUGGUGGCGGUGUUUGGCAGCAUUCAAAUGGCUGUGUCCAGAGUCAUCAACCUGCAGCACCACCGUAUCGCACAGUGUCGUACAGUGAAGAUCACCAUCCUCGGGGAUGAGGGGGUGCCGGUGCAGGUGGAUGGAGAGGCCUGGGUCCAGCCCCCGGGGUACAUCAAGAUUAUCCACAAGAACCGCACCCAGACUCUCACCAGAGACCGAGCCUUUGAGAGCACGCUGAAGUCGUGGGAAGACAAGCAGAGGUGCGAGUUCCCCCGUCCGCUGCCCCAGUAUGCAUUGCAGCCGGAGAUCGUAUCCGAGGAAGAAGCCUCCCAGAUCAACGUGUUUGGCCAGGCGGCCGGCGCUCUCAUCCACAGUAUCCGAGAGAUCGCCCAGUCCCACCACAGUAUGGAGCAGGAGCUAGCUCAUGCCGUCAACGCAAGCUCAAAGGCCAUGGACGUGGUCUACGCCAACUCCAAGAGCACAGGGGGUUUGAACUGCAGAGUUGUGGUUCAGAUGGUCAGUAACGUCAAGGCCCUUCACAGUGAGACAGAGCUGCUACUGGCAGGCAAGAUGUGUCUGCAGUUGGACCCUCCUCAGAAGGAGCAGUUGACUGGAGCCCUGGGCACUGUGGCCCAGCAGCUACUCAGACUGCCAGACAUACCCUGGCUGGGUCAGCUCAUCGAACCUGGGGAUGAUGAGGGACACCUGACGGAUUUCUCCAAGCGUAGCCGCAGUGCCAAGUUCCGUCUCGUCCCAAAGUUCAAGAAGGACAAAAACAACAAGAAUAAGGAGGCCUGUGCCACUCUCACACUGCCAGUGCACCAGUGGGGCACAGAGGAGGUAGCCGCCUGGCUGGAGCUCAUCUGUCUCACCGAGUACAAGGAGAUCUUUAUUGGGCACGACGUGCGCGGCGCCGAGCUGCUGCACCUGGAGAGGAGGGACCUCAAGGACUUGGGGGUGACAAAGGUUGGCCACAUGAAGCGUAUCCUCCAGGGUAUCAGAGAGUUGAGUCGCAGCAGCACUGCCAGCGAAGCCUAGGCUCUCUCCUGUACGCCUGUGUGCUGCACCAGACCCUCUACCUAAACGGACUGUACCCAGCCAUGCUGUACCCACACCUCCCAAGCCUGACCAAGCCUUGAACAGCUUGAACCCAACGGUACCUCUAUACACUCAAAUAUGGAUUUGAGUUUAGUCAACCAAUCAAAUUUACCACAGUGCCUUUCUUCACACCCCACCUCUGCAGCGUCCAUGUCUGGGAGCAACCAACUGAACUGCAAACGGAGGAGGCCAAACCACUAUCGCCACAGGGGAGGGGUGUUCAAUGACAUCAGUUGAGAGAGUAAAGUCAAGAGAGAUUGCAGGGAAUCCAAUCGGGCUGACUACCAGGAACAAAGUCUGCCAACAGAAAAACUCAACUACCCAGAAUGCCUUAUCAACAAACCAGCGCCAGACUCCACCAAUUGAACUUUUUAAACAGUUGAUACAUUCAAAAACUUGUUAGCCAAGUCACGGAAGAUGUAGAAACGAGCAAGGCUGCAUCUCGAAUGACACCCUAUUCCUCAUAUAGUGCACUAUUUUUGACCAGAGCUUUAUAGGUCAAGAGGUAAUCCACUACAUGAUACUAGGUGGUGUCUUUUGAGAUGAACAACGUAUAGAGUGGGCACCAUAGGUUAUAUUUCCAUAGUUUCCACUGACUGGAUCAUGGAAAAUACUGAGUUUUUGUAUUGAAAUAUGCAUCUAUUUAUUUCUCAUAUGCGUUGUACUGGAUAUGUUGAGCUUGAACCAGGAUGUUUCUGAAAACGACGUGGGAUGCCCGGUAAUAUGCUCCCAGAAGAAAACUAGAUAGACUGGAAGAGGUCUAAACUACAAAGAUAAGAAGCGACAAUCAACCAAUCACUCCAACAACCUCCAGCCUUUUCCCAGGUGCAUGUGUAAUUUCUCUUUUCUCCUUACAUCUCUCCUCAUCCCUGUCCUUUUUAUAUAAAUAACUAUUACAAUUUCAACUACCUAGGUUGAAUGCGGGGCUGGUAAACUAGACGAAGGUGACGACCCUGCUUUGUCACCAAACGUCAUGUUAGAACGUGAUGGGCCCCCGAUGGUCAUGUUCAGUAGUGCACAUGGUAGCAAAACGUUUUGCAAGGAAAAACAAAGAUCUGUGUUCUUAUUGGAGAUUCAGGUAGUCUCCCCGUUUCGAAAGGUUUCCCUCCUACUGAACACAACACUUAUUAUGUAUUGUAGGGAAAAGCCAAACUCGACCAUGCCUUAAAUAAUCUACAAACUGUCACAUAUCGGGCAGGUCUCGGGGUGUGUGGAGCACGUCUCGGCACUCUUUGGUGUCAAGUAGAUCACAUUUUUCACACAAUGAACACUGCUUUAAGAUUGUUCCCCUUGGUGAAUGUAGUUUCCCGGACCCAGAUUAAACCUACUUCUGGAUUAGAAAGGCACCUCAAUGGAGAAUCUACCUCGAAAGUGCUUUUUAGUUCAGGAGUAGACUCAAUCUGGGUCCAAAAAACCGGCCGGUAAUGUUUAAGGCCUCUAGUUUUUCCUGACCGUGUUAUAUCCUGAAACUCAAAUUAACCGCUAGCCCCUACCCCCGUGGGCACUUGUGUAGAUCUAAGAUGAUUGGAUAGGUCAAUAAGCAAUAUGGUGGUAGCUCAGUUUUGCCCUCUGACGGGCCAGGUGGAAUUGUCGCCAAUUGCUUAUACCUAUCCUCUUAGGUCUGCACAAGUGAAUAGGAGGUAGGGACUAAGGGUUUAUUUGGGAUUCGGGGAAUACCUAGGGUAUAAUAAGUAGGACCCAGUGUUCUUCCUGGUCAAGUCCCAGGGUCAGGAGAAACUCUUUGGCCUAGUCAUGUUCUCUCCCGCUCAGUCCCGUGUGGAUGUCCGAGUUCUGUUUUAUGUUCUAUGUCUGGCUGUGCAGUGAUGCAGCCGUUCUCAUUAUGGUCUGUAUGGUCAUAUCAUUUCCCUCCUCGCAACCUUUGGGGUUGUCCAUUUUUGUCUUGUCCUGAAUCGAGAACCCCUGGGAAGCGGUCUCUUCCGUUCCAGUAUUUAUUGAUAAUUUAUACGUUAGAAUUAAUACUAUAUGCUAUACCUCUUUUUUCCAUGUACAUAUGUCUGUCUUGUACAGUGAAAUACCACCAUCCUGUAAUAAAACUUGUCUGUGUGUGA